AUGGAACGAUUGAGUCACGUUAAAUUUAUGGAUAUUGCUUUUAUCGGAAUAUUGUUCUGUACGGGAGUCGUAAAAACAACAGGUCAAGAUGGGAUAACACCAAUGAUAUUUUCAUUGGACGAGACAUUCGCACAAAGGCUAGGUGAAUAUAUUAUGAACAAGUUUCGUAAUGAUUGCGAAUGCAUUGAAUAUAAUUGUGGAUGCUGUCAGCAUUUACAAUUGGGUGUAGUCUCUAUAGUCGGAAAGUUAUGCGUAAAUGCAAGUUAUUUAGAAAAGGAUUAUGGGUUUUCACUCACAAUAACCUACAAUAACUUUGCAAUUAUUAGCAAGACAAUUUCAGCUCGAAACCCGGCUAUUUGUUUAGCAGAGGACAUUUUAAGUAAAGUAGAUGUUGAAGUUUGCCUGCAUAUACGUGAUAUGAACAUUGACAAUGAUAAGCUUCACGUUUGCUUCGAGAUUUAUGGAGAAAUAACGAAAUUCCCAAUCACUAAAAUAAAAUUGGGUUGUAUCCAAACUAAACUACGUGACAAGAAGGAGUAUUUAAUUUUCAAGGAUUACCACGGACAGGGAAAAGUCAGGGAAAUUGAAAUUGGUCAUAGAAAUGGAGAAAAAUCAGAGGAAAAUGUAAAAACGUCUGGAAUUUCGAAAUUAGAUCAUAAUUCCCUGAAACUUAAUAUAACCGAGUAG